GAAGCAUAAUUGCGAGGCGACAGGAAUACGUUCUCCAUGAAGUUUGAAAUAUUGUCACAGACGGGUCGAGCUCGCCAUGGUCUAUUAACUUUACCACAUUCUGCUGUCAAAACUCCAGUAUUCAUGCCCGUUGGUACGCAAGGAACUAUGAAGGGAAUUCUUCCCGAACAGCUGCUUGCAAUCGACUGCCAAAUAUUGUUAUGCAAUACGUACCAUCUCGGUCAUAGGCCUGGUCAUGAACGUGUUCGCAAAGCAGGUGGCUUACAUAAAAUGAUCAACUGGCCUCGUGCAAUUCUGACCGAUUCUGGAGGAUUUCAGAUGGUAUCGUUGAACAAACUGAUGUCAGUUGACGAGCAUGGAGUCAAUUUCGAAAGUCCUCAUACUGCUGAGCAGAUGUCUUUACCGCCAGAAAUGAGCAUUGAGAUACAACAGGCAUUAGGCGCUGAUAUCAUGAUGCAAUUGGAUCAUGUAAUCCAUGUGCUCACCACAGGAGACAUCGUUGAAGAAGCUAUGGAGAGAAGCAUAAGAUGGCUAGACCGCUGCGAGAAGGCCCAUACGCGUUCGGAUCAAGCACUCUUCCCGAUUGUGCAAGGUGGUUUGGACCUCGAGCUGCGAAAGAGAUGCGUUGAAGAGAUGGCAAAGCGAGCAAAGGUUGGCAUCGCAAUUGGCGGCUUAUCUGGAGGAGAAGAAAAGUCGCAGUUUUGGAAAGUAGUGGCAACUUGCUGCGACGCUCUCCCACCUCAUCUUCCUCGCUACGUUAUGGGUGUUGGCUUUCCUGUGGAUCUCGUAAUUUGUUCUCUUCUGGGCGCUGAUAUGUUCGACUGUGUAUAUCCGACCAGAACAGCUAGGUUUGGUACUGCGAUGGUUCGCCGUGGCGGAUUGUUACAUCUCAAUCAAAAACAAUUUGCUGAUGAUUUUGCACCAAUCGAGAGCGAUUGUGAUUGCCACACUUGUCAAACUUAUACGAGAGCUUAUGUGCACAUGGUUAUGAAUAAGGAAACUAUUGGGUGCCAUCUACUCUCUAUUCAUAAUAUAAGACACCAAUUACGACUGAUGGAGGACGUUCGAGACGCAAUCGACUCCGGACAGGUGCAGAAGUUUCUUGAUCAGUUCCUUGGCGACUACUACCAGAGCAGCUCCGUGCCCGAGUGGGUGCGUGACGCAGUUAGUUUUAUGGGAUACAAGCUCAGUUUGUGA